AUAGAAUUUUACGUGAAAUCAUCAAUUUAUUUUAUUUGCUUUGAAAAAUUCUGAAAAGGAAAGUGUAAAAUGACUAGCUGUUGUCUUUGCAAAAAGAAAAUGCAACGUGAAAAUGGGACCUUCUUCGGUGUUCCAAAAGACGAGAGAAGAAAAAGGUGGAGUGAGAUUUGUCGGUUGCAGUUCGCAAAGAACGCACGUAUAUGUGAAGAUCACUUCCUGCCAACCGAUAUCAUAAGAUCUUCAAAACAGUUCCUUUUACUGCCCAAUGCAGUGCCUUUUGUUCAGACAAAACAAACUCAAACAGCAAAAAAAAGAGUGUUUUGUGCACUAGGCUGCCCAUCCGAUAAACAACUUUAUAAAUUCCCAAGCAGAAUAAAUGAUGUAGAAAGAAGAAUGUUAUGGCUAAACUUUUUUGAUAUGGAGGAUCCCAAUAUUGAGGAUAUCUUUGCCUGUGAAAGACACUUUUCCCAUAUGCAAUCCACUGAAAAAGGCAUUCGAUUGGAUGCAGUUCCAGAUGUGCCCACAUUAUACAAUACGAUAAUAGAGUCAUUUAGCAAAAAUCCCAACAAAUUGAUAAAAAAGGCCUCCGUAACUACAUCUGGCACACAAGAAGAUAUAAUUUAUAGCAAGAAAAAUGGAAUAUUUACACAAAAUGUAUAUAACAUAAAUAACAAUGUUCAAUCUGCUCUAUUCCAAGGGAAUCCUGUUUUAGAAAUCCCUCUUAUUAAAACGGAUUCAAGGACAGCAUCCACGCAAACUAAUACUCGUCUCUGCGGUACAAUACAAGUUUCAGAGUUUGCAGAUCAAUACCGCAUUAAUUGUUUCUAUUGUUGUAAAACAUUUUCAAUGGAAAAGUGGAAAAUAUUCAGAAAUCAUCUGAAUAAAAAGCACUUUGCAAAAGAAGAAGCCUUUAAAAUAUCCAAAUAUGCUUCUAUUGAUCACGAUUACACUCCCAUACGUUUACCAUCGUCCUCUCCAAUUGAGGUCGAUCCUCUUAUACAUACUCCAUCACCUGAAACUGUUGUUAUUAAUGCUAACUCACUACUACCAUACGUAGUCAAACCAGUAGAAUCUACAUAUGGUCCACCUGAAGCUGAUGUUUCAAAUCCGAAUUUCUAUUAUACACCAGAGGACACCAUAAUCAUAAGUGACGAACCAGAAAAUUUUAAUAAUUUUGUAAAUUCUGAGAGCUAUUUGUUUAAAGUUCCAACUUCACUGAACAAUGUCAAAAAUGGACCCAAGCCUUCCUCCUCAACACACUCUUCUAAAAACGAAAAGAACAAACCGAUUAAAAAGAGAACUAUUAGAAAAUCUUCUAAAAAUGUUAUAGGAAAUACUGGGAAAAAGAUCAUCUCUUCGGGUGUACUUUAUAUAAAAAAUACAAAACGGCAAACAUCAAAUAAAACUGCUUUAAGUCGCUGUCUUAAGAGAUCUGAUACAAUUGAAACAAUAGAGCCAGUAGAAGUUAUGGACGAAGGUGAACCCAAUACUACUAAAAAUUUUCAACAGGAGACUACAGAGCUUUCAUUCGAAUAUACACCUCAUGAUAUAAUAGAUUUUCUGUUGGAGAGCAUGAAGAAUUACCCGGUCUUGUGGGAAUUUGAUAACGAACCGUUCAACGAAGACUAUUACGAAGCAAUCGAAGAGUUGUGCAAAUUAAUCAACGUAAAAUGGUCUUUGAAUAUAGAUACUUUAAAAAUGCGACGUAGCGUAAAUCGUAUAUUGAAAUUCUACUGUUCCGUGUACCCAUGUGAAAAUGUUGAAAAUGUUAACCAAUUUGCUAACUUCUACGACAAAUGUGCUGCUUUUCUGCCUAAAUCUGUAUAUGAUAUUGCCUAUGCUCGCUGUUCUCAUUGUUAUAGAUGUUUCAAAAAUGAAAGCGAAUUAAAAGCUCACCUGUUGGAAGAGUACAAGUAUUUGCAAUGGCCUCACAAGUGCGUACAGUGCAAGGAAUGUUUUAGGGAGAGUGAUGAAUUUGAGUUCCACAAACUUCUGCCACACUUUGAAGAAGUAUUUAGAUGUGAACUAUGCAACAAGAGCUUUGUUCAUCGCAAUAAAUUCAACAAACAUGUAUCUAGACACCAAAUAAAGCAAAGUGAUGAACCCGGAAAAUACGUGUGCAAUAUUUGCGGCAAAGUAUUUAAAAUUAGUGGUGAAUUGCGGGGUCAUUUAAUAUAUCACGGAGAGAAAAAACACAAGUGUCAUCUAUGUCCGAAAUCGUAUUAUACGAAUGCGACACUAAGACGCCACAUAAUGAGUCAUAAUAAAGAAUAUGAAUUAAUGUGUGAAGUGUGUGGCAAGGGCUUUAUCCAUCAUACUAAUCUUAGAGAACAUAUGACCAAACACACUGGAGCUAAAGUCACAUGUAACAUAUGCAAUUUGCAAUUAAGAAAAUCUAGUCUAAUGCGUCACUUGCGCACUGUCCAUGUGGCAUGUGAAGGCACCAUCGAAACAACAUUCAGAGCUAAAAAUCAUCACUAUAAACGCUUAUUAUUACGACCCAAUCGACGACGUAGUUAUCGCAAAAGAUAUAAGAAAGAGAAAAAUUACAUUUGUAAAAUAUGUAAUAUACGUUUCGAUGGUUACAAAUUCCUUGUCGAACACAACAAAGAGUUUCAUGCUGAUGCCCCGAAAUGGCCGUGUAAAAUAUGCAAUACGGUAUUUAGACAUAAAAUAAAUAUAAGGCGUCAUUAUCGAGAAAAGCACAAUUUACAUGUCUAUCAGGCUUUCAAAUUGGUCGAUCAAAAUGAGGAUCUAGAAACAGUGUUAGCAAUCCAACCAGAAGAGUUAGAAAAACUAUGCGAAACUUUAGCAUAUUCAUUAAAUGGACCAAGCAGUGCAAAAACACCAAUUCAUACAACAAUGGUCAAAUCAGAUCCGUCAGCAGAAGAGAUUUAUAUUGACGAAGAACGAUUGCACAGUGACACAAUACAAGAUGAAAUAAUGCAAGUAGCUGAUCACGAUUCUACGAGUACACACGAAAUUAAGGUCGAUGAUGAUCAUUAUAUGAAUGAUUUUUUUACAAAUCUUUUAAAAUAACUGUUAAACGUUUUAAGAUUGUUAGCUAUAAAAAUAUAAGUAAUAUACAAUAUUUUUCUAAUCUAUAAGCGUAUAAUUUAAUGUUAAUAAUAGGUAUAUAACUUUGUUUAAUUAAUUUUAACUUAAUAAAAAUACGUAUUACAGCACAAAUCUUGUACCAAAAAAAUGUGCGCAUGCGUAUAUGUAUUAA